AUGUGUACUUUUCCUUCAGAGAAAUCGCCAAAUGAAGGGACAAGAUUUUUCUCGAGCGGACUUCAUGUGCCUCUUUUUUUCGUUGGAGGAAAGCGUCCAGUUGGCCUUCCUGACUUUAAUCGUGGGAAAGAACUCAAGCAUGGAGCGCCCCCUUCUUUUGUUUCUUUCUUUGAUCCAGUCACAAACACUCCCUUUUAUUCAGCCUACAAAGUUUUACCCGGGCAGGCAAAGAACAUUGACAAGCAUAAGAGACCCAAAAAUGCAAUAUGGAAGAAUCCUCCAGGUGUUCGUGGUGUCAAUGAUGCUUAUAUGCUAGCCAACGCAGAAGCUCAAAGAAAGUUCAAGGGUCAAAAAAUUGCCAGAGGCCAUAUGAACCCCAGCGCUAUCAAUUCCUUUGACACAAGAUUCAUGAAAGCUACUUUCACUCUUACGAAUGCUGUACCUCAGUUUACGAAAUCAAACAGCGGACCUUGGCGGGAUUCUGAGGGAAAGAUAAGAAAAUAUGCCAAAACUACCUGUGGGAGUCAAACUCGCCAAGGAACCCUUUACCUACUGACAGGCAGAUCCGAAAAUGGCCUCAAGGGCGUAACGAAGCCGUCCAUUACCAAUACAUUUAAAGUGGCAACUAAAACAAUACGCCUUGAUACUCCUCAAGCUGUUUGGACGGCGGGAUGUUGUGUGUGGAUGGAGACCGGAAGGCCAAGAGCAGAGUCCUUUGCAGUGAUGAGCAACAAUCAUUAUGACAAAACCAAGCUACAUCAAACACAAAUGAGGGUAACUGACCUGGAGAUGUACUUGGAGGAAGCAACGAAAGUAAAGUUGUUUCCAGGAAAUCCAGAUUGUGCUAAAAACUACCAUCCCCUACCAUAAUAAAUCGUCCCGAAAUAAAUAAUGAGAACAGGCUUUAACAUUCUAAAGAAACUGUUCUAGAGACCGUCAUAAAAACAAAACCAAAGAAUUCGUUCCUUUCAUUAUAGACCCCCGUAAAACAUGCAUGUAAAACCUUAAUUUAAGAGGGAGCAUAAGUGGAUGUUAGCACUUCAAAUUCGUCAAGUAAAAGCCUAUUUGCCAUGGGCUUCGAGUUAGGCAAUGAAUAGUUGUAUUUAUUGCAUGCAGCAAGAUAUCUUAAUUGAUUGUGCAAUAAAAUGAAUGGGAUCUUUA